GGAUCACCACUGCAGGCUUUGUGCCAUGGGUCGUCACUGGAGGCUUCAUGCCAUGGGUCAUCACUGCAGGCUUCAUGCGUGGAGCAGGCACAGGACGUACGAGGCUGGAGACACGCACUGGAGGCCGGGUGCAUGGAGCUGGCACAGGAUAUACUGGGCCGUGAAGGCUCACUGGAGGUCUAGAGUGUAGGGCUAGCACAACCCGUCCUGGCUGGAUGCUCACUUUUGCACGGCAAGUGCGAGGAGCUGGCACCGAGCGCACAGGGCUGUGAAUGUGCACUGGAGACACAGUGCGUAUCAACGCAUAACAUGGUGCCUGAUGGUGCCUGUCACACACUCCUUAAAGCGAGUGCGGGGAGUUGGCUCUGGUCUGAAACCUGGCUCCGCCAACUACCCUGUGUGCCCUCCCAAAAAAUGUUUUGGGGCUGCCUCUCGUGCAUGCGUCGUGGUUGCGACCCCCGGAGUCAUCGUUGAUGCUCCUUGGCUGCUUCCGCCUGCAUCCCCGGCAGGCUUUCGUAUCUCUCCAAUACUUCCUCCCAAGUCCAGGCUAUUCUCUCCUCAACCUCCUCUGUAGACCAGGAUGCCAUCUCCUCCCAGGCACGCUGCUUGGUCCAGUUGAGGUGGGAUCUUCUGUCACGUUCAUCGAUGGAAGGAGUAGACCAAGCUGUAGGUAAAGAUGAUCAGGUGAAAAAGGAUGAUGCCUCUGGCCAGGAACAGAAUGCCCUAUUUGGGUGGGGGAAGAAGAAGGACAAAGAUGGGGAUAAGAGUGUGUCCAAGGACAAAUCAAAGGACCAUGACAAAUCAAAGGACUGUAACAAAUCAAAGGACCGUAAGGACCAUGACAAAUCAAAGGACCAUAAGGAGGACAAAGACAAGUCUAAGGAACAUAAAGACAAGAAACAUGGUGACAAGAAGGACAAAGGUCACAAGAAGAAAGACAAGAAGCCCAAGGAGCAUAAGGACAAAGAUGAUGGGUCAUCAUCUUCCUCUUCCAGCAGCGACGAGGAUGAAGGCAAGAAGAAGCAUCACUGAUUCUGGUGCUGUGAGGAGGUGCUACUGCCAGUGAACUCUUACCAUGCAGGCAACACUGCAGUACAAAACAUUGUAUUUGCUGUGUACUGUUUCCUUGUUGUUCCUGAUCAUGUUUUGAUGUGCCAGACUGUAAAGUAGUGGUUUUACAACAGCACAUUAAAUAACACAACAACCAGG